AUGAGGCAGAUAAGAGACCUGGUUAAAGAGGACCAGGAGAGCCUGGUUACACGGUAUGGUCAAAUGAAGUCCCUUUAUGAGAAGUGCAAGGAGACCCAGGGCAGGAUGGUGCAGAAGGUCAGAGACACCCUGCAGCAGAGAGAGGACAUGAGGAGACGGAUGGAGGAGGCUUUUACCGCCAAGGACGCAGCCUUCAGUGUAACUGAGCAGCUAAGGGCUCACUGUGCCGUGCGUAUCUCUGAGCUGGAGGAGAGUGUGGGAUCUCACCAGGAGCUGAUGGCUGCCCUGAACAAGACCUACCCAGAACAGAUUGCAUUGAACAAGGCCUACGUGGAAUCCCUCAACUCUGCAUCUGAGCUCUUGAGAGGAACCAUGAGCGAUAACGACAGUCUGCAUCAAGAGCUGAAAACAGCCAGGCGUCUCCUCCAGAGGACAACUCCUAUACUGGUGAAGCUGAAUGAGAAAGCAGCCAACGCUAUAGGAGAGAGAGACCAGCACCUCUCAGAGAGAGACCAAGCUGUGGAGGAGAGAGAGCAGAUCCAAGAGGAACUGGACCAAACCAACGUGAGUCUCCAAGAUGCCAGACAGGAGGUUGGGGACAUGAAUCUGCAGGCCACCAUCAUCAAUUCAGAGUUGGGUGUUCUGCGUCAGAAGCUGAGUGAGGGAGAAGAGGAGCGAGUUCAGCUGGAGAGGAAGGUCACGGAGCUGUCUGCCACCGUCUCAUCUACCCUGGCCUCCUAUGCCUUCCUAGAGCAGGCCCUGGCUGCAGAGUCCACCAAGUUGCAACAGUCAUGGCAAGAAGUCCAGCAAGCUACCGACAGGGCCAACCAGUUGGAGGGUGCGUUGGUCCAGUCAGAGCAGCGUGUAUGUGAGCUGUCCCAGGCUCUGGCCCACAGCGAGGAGCAGCUGAGCCAGCUGCAGAGCCACUCCCACAGCCAGAGCCUGCAGCUGCAGAAGCUCCAUGAAGUGCACGUGCAGCUCAACAGCAUGAUGGAGAUGAACGAGUUCCUACAGAUGGAGAAUGAUAUGGCCAGGGAGCAGGUGGUGGAGAGUGAGAGGACCCUCCGGGCUAACCUACAGGGGCUCAGGGAGAGGAACAUCCAGUGUGAGGACCUGAAAGGGGCCCUCAGCCACCUCCAGGCUGAGAGGGAGGCUUUGCAGGCAGAGCUGGAGGACAGUCAGGCCAGAGCCCAGUCAGUCCAAUUGGACCUGGUAGAGCAGCUAGCCCAGGCUGUUACUGACGUCACCCUGCUACACCACACACUGAGACGACUGACCAACGAUGUUCACACUGCUCUGACCACCAAGGUAAUCACACACACCCUGUUACACCACACACUGAGACGACUGACCAACGAUGUUCACACUGCUCUGACCACCAAGGUAAUCACACACACCCUGUUACACCACACACUGAGACGACUGACCAACGAUGUUCACACUGCUCUGACCACCAAGAAGCCAGAGGUCUGUGGUAAAGAUGAGGUGUUCCAGCCCUCCCUCCAUGUUGAGCGUCAUCCCUCCACCUCCUUCGUGGACAGCAUCAUGGUGGCCAUCACCACUGACCUGGCCCAGGUCAAUGACACACAUCCCCCCUUAGACAUGACAGAUGAACCACAAGCUGAAGGGUUGGGCAGCGAGACCAGCGCCUUCACUCGCCUCGCACCCAUCACUCCUAAGAAGUGUCAGGUGGUGCCUCCAGGGGAGGAGCAGAGUAGCGUGGUGGAGCUGCUAGCAGACCUGGCUAACACAGUCUCUGAGCUCAGCUCCACCAUCACACAGCUACGACAGAGCAAGGACACCGAGCAGGAGGCACUGAACAACACCAUCUGUGGGCUGCAGGGGGAGCAGCAGGCCCAGGCCCACAGACACAGGGCUGAGGUAUCCGAGCUGAGGGGCCAGCUGAGCCGCCUCCAGACCCAGCUAGGCCGGGACCAGGUGGCUCUACAGAACAAGGCCCAGGAGGUAGACACUAUGAAGAGGAUCUGCAGCGAAGUGAAUGAGGCCAGGGAGUUUCUUUACAAGCACAAAUCUGAGAAGAAAGAGCUGCGUAGGGAGGUGGCAGACCUGCGCCGUUCACUGCACCAAUCACAGGUGGAGUCCCAGGCUCUAAGGGACGAGCUAAAAAAGACCGGUAACCAAUCAGCACACAGCAUGCAUUCCAUGGAUGACAAGAUCCGCCUACUGAAAGAGGUGGAAAGACUAAAGAGGACUCUGUUGGAAGCUGAGGAAGGAAGAGCAAAGCUUCUGGAGAGAGCCAAGAGACAUCAAAUGAUCCACGACACCAACCAGAAGAAAGUGGAGAAGGAACUUCGAGUCCUUGACGAUAUGAUUGAGACGGUCAGAAAGACAUUGUCUUCUGUUCCUGACGUUGUCAAGAACUGCAAAGAACUCAAGACUCUCGUCGAAUAUCUUGGUUAAUGUCAUAUUAUAAACUAGUUUUAAUCAGUUCUGUUUUUUAAAAUGUUUUCUUAAACCUAUUUGUACAAAUAAAAAAAUCUGGUAACACGU